AUGCCCUCCAAAAGCAGAAACAGCAAGAACAACAACUACACGGACCCGGAACUCCGCCAAGAGGUCAAGGAAGAAGUCCAGCAGAGUGACAAGGGCGGGAAACCCGGACAGUGGUCUGCGCGAAAGGCCCAACUCACCGCUCAAGAGUACAAGUCCCGGGGCGGCGACUACACGACCUCCAAGGAGGAGCAGUCGAAGUCCCAGAAGAGCCUGUCGCAGUGGGGGGAGGAGGACUGGGUGACCAAGGAAGGGUCGGGAAAGGCCAAGACGGAUGAGAGCGCCGAGGAUGGCGGGGCGCGGAAACGGUAUCUGCCGCGCAAGGCGUGGGAGGAGAUGAGCGAGGGCGAGAAGGAGGCGACCGAGAAGAAGAAAUUGGAGGAAGGUGGGGAGGAAGGGAAGCAGUAUGUUGGGAAUACGGAGACGGCUAAGAGGAAGAGGGGGGAGGUGUCGAAGAAGACGAAGGAGGAGAGGGAAGGGGGAGAGGAGAAUGGAAAGGAUGGUGCUGAUGGGGAGGACGAUGAUGAGGAUGGUGAUAAGGAGAACGGCAAGUCGAAGAGGACAGCUAAAGAUAAGAAGGAUGUGAAGAAGGAUACGAAGCAGGAGAAGAAAGAUGGCGACGACGAGGCUGAGGAACAACCGAACCAGGGAGCGGAAGAGGAUGAGGAUCUGGAUGAGGACGAUGAAGAAUACCAGGAAGAAGAAGGCGAAGACGAAGACGAAGACGAGGUCGAGGGAGCAGAGGAUGACGCCGAGGCUGAAGGCGACGCACCAGACAAGAAGAAGCAAAAGACCAAGUAAAACCAUCGUGUCAUGCCAUUAAGUGAAUGUCUUACAAUUACUGAGAUACUACUGCACUUCCCUCCACGCUGCCAAAGCCUUACGCUUCCUCAACGCUCCGCAUCUCCCUCUCCGCGCCCCUCAUAAUGACUCUGAGGCAGGUUGUUCAACUCGUCCUCCUGGCGAUCCAACUUAUAGUUUGUCGCCCAGAAUCCGAAGCAGCCAACGAACGCCAGAAUGGCCACCACCGUGUAGUUCCAGACCAACAGCGGAUCUUCCGACAAACUGACCAAAGCCUGUCCGAUAGCCGACGAGAACGCAUUCAUGAACAGUGCGAUGGCCUGGACCAAGGACCGCAUAUUGCGCGGGGCUUUGGUGAACGCAUACUCGAGCGAGGUCACCGAAGCGAAGAUCUCGGAAAUACCACCCAAGACGUACGGCAAAGCCUGCACCCACACGGAGAUCGGA